UUACCCUGCCAGCCCAAAUGUACAAUAAGCCUACGGUAGCUGGGUCUGCAAGAGUGCAAGCGACACAGGGAGGGACGACGCCUCACGCGGCCACGCCCGGACGCCGCCACCGCGCCACGCCUCCACUCCUCCACUACUCCAGGCUUCCGCUCGCAGCCUCGUAGGGGCUCUCUCAGCCGCUCACCUCGCCGCUGGGCUGCUGCCUGCUCCUGCUCACUGUGCUUACUAGUUACUGAUGAACCAGGUCUUUUAGUAAUUUCAGCAAGGCUCCUGAGGAUGGCCAAGUACAGGUCUUUGCCUCACAGGUCACUCCAGCCCUUGCUGUUCUUUUCCCGCAAAGUACCCUUCUCCACUUCCCCUUUACCCAUAGAAUAUCCGCCCAUAUCUGCUGCUACUACUCAAGCAUUCACACAUGAAAUAAAAGCCACAUGCUUUUCAGAAUUAGAGCAGCUAAUUAGACGCGGAUUAAUCAAUCCAGCUGAGAAGCUCGUUCAGAAGAUUGUGAGACAUUCAUCAUCAGUCCCUGAAGCCGUUUCUGCAGUUGAUUUUGCCCUUUCUUGGGGAGUGGAGCUUGACAUGAAGAGUUAUGGUUUUCUUAUCAGAAAACUAUUGACUUGUGGCGAGGCAAAGAUGGCAGAGGCCGUUUAUGUCGACUUCAUAUUGAACAGAGGAAUCGAGCCAGACCAUUUUUUAUUGAACUCGAUGGUUGUUUGCUAUUCUAAGUUAGGUAAGUUGGAAGAAUCCAAGUCUCAAUUCGAUAGACUUCUUAAGAUGGAAGUCAUGCCUUGUCGAGCCGCCUGCAGUGACAUUAUUACUGCAUUUUGUGCCCAAAACAGAUUCUUGGAGGGAUUUGAUGUGUUUCUAGCUGUCCAUGAUGCUGAUUUUUUACUGCAUUUCCGGUGCUACAAUAGGUUGGUGGACGGGUUGAGCUCAAUAGGGAACUUAAACAAGGCACUAUACGUGUAUGACAUAAUGCGUGAUAAAAGCGUACCUCCCACUAUUCAUUUACUCAAAACAUUAGUUUUUAUGCUUUGCCAGAAUGAGCGGGUUGAGGAGGCUGAAUUUUUGAGUAUGGAAGCCGAAUCUUUUGGCUUCUUUAUUGAUAAAGUCAUGUACACAGCUCUUAUCAAUGGGUAUUGCCGGAAAAGAAGAAUGAAGAUGGCUCUCAGAUUGUUUUACAGAAUGCUGAAACUAGGAUGUCAUCCAGAUAAUUACACAUGCAAUACAUUGAUACAUGGUUUUGUUAACACAGGCAUGAUCGAUAAAAUUUUCGUGUUGUUUCACCACAUGAAAGAGCUGGGAUUGAAGCUCAACGUUGUCAGUUACCAAAUCAUGAUUAGCAAGUGUUGCAAGGAUCUUAAAGUUGAUUGUGCAUUAACAUUGUUACAUAAUAUGAUGCAGUGCAACUUAGCACCCACGGUGCACUGUUACACGCCUUUACUUGCUGCACUGGUUAAGGAAAAUCGGUUAGCGGAAGCUGAUCAAUAUUAUAACCAGCUGUUUGAUUCUGGACUUUUUCCUGAUGAUGUCCUCUUUUUUACUGUAGUAAAAAACUAUGUAGGGCAUGAAAUUGAUCUUGCACAUAAUUUUGUGACAGAAAUUGGAAGACAUGGGUGUGGCAUUUGUAGCACCACUUGUAGUAGUAGCAGUAGUAAAUCUGUUGAUGACUUCAUAGUUGAGAUUGAUCUUCUCCUAGAGGAAAUUUAUUCACGAAACUCAGGCUUAGCUCGUAUUGCUUUUAAUAUACACAUAAUUGCACUGUGUUAUGCAGGGAAACUUAUUGCUGCUGAGUUAUGCAUGGAUAAAAUGUCAACUCUAUCCCUUCAGCCUUCUCUCCUUGCUUAUAACUCCAUGAUUUGGUGUCUCUGCCAAAUGGGACUAGGAAAUGAUGCUAUUUCCAUUCUGGAUCAGCUGGAAGCUACUAGAGUGAAGCCCACUAUUGCUAUGUAUGAUUCUAUUAUAGGGUGUUUGGCUCAAGAAAAGAGAGUUUUGGAGGCAUCACAGUUGUUUGACAGAAUGCAUGAGGUUGGACUUUUCCCUGAUGAAACUCUGUUUGUGACAAUGAUUAGUGGUCUAUCAAAGAACAGACAAGCAGGUGCAGCUCGUGAGGUCUUUGACAAAAUGUUGAAGUAUGGUAUUCGACCAAGCUACCGAGCUUACACUGCACUAAUAAAUGGGCUUGUUAAGCAAAACAUGAUACAAGAGGGGCACAUAUAUCUUGGUAGAAUGUUAGAAGAGGGAUUUAUGCCUAAUGCUGCUUUGUAUACUUCUCUAAUCUACCAAUUUUUUAGAAAGGGAGAAAUUAAAAUUGCUCUUAAGUUAGUUGUUCUGAUGGAGAAAAGCCACAUAGAGAAAGAUUUGAUAACCCAUGUUGCAUUGGUCAGUGGCGUUUGCAGAAAUAUCCGAUACAUUAGUAGGAAAUGUCACAAGUCACAAAGACAAUCCGUUAAGGCAAUGGAGAUGCUUUACCAUUUACUAUGUGAGUAUAAUAAUUUGCCCGGCCUGAAAGAUUUAGAAAACUUUAUCAUUUCAAGGGUUGGAAUAAAGUCGUUUGCACUAAAAUUGAUAGACGAAGUGAAAAAAGGCAACUUUAUUCCCAACUUAUAUCUGCACAAUAGUGUGAUUGCUGGAUUAUGUUGGGCAAAUGAUAUUGAAGGUGCAUACAAUCAUCUUGAUACGAUGCAGAAAGAAGGGCUGCUUCCCAAUCACGUGACUCUUACCAUUCUCAUUGAUGGGCAUUUUAGGAAAGGUAAAACCGAUCUUGCUGUUAAUCUUUUCAAUAAAAUGAAUGAGCAUGACUGUGUUCUUGAUGAUGUGGUAUACAACAUGUUGAUAAAGGGCUUUUGUAAGGCUGGAAGACCCCAUGAUGCAUUAUCUGUAUCAAAUAUUAUGCUUAAGAAAGGGCAUUCUCUAUCAAAGGCUUCUUAUGAAAAUCUACUCCAACUUUUUUGUGCAAAUAAAUGGACAGUCCAUGCUCUGAAAAUACUUGAAGAUAUGGUUUCCUGUGAAUAUACCCCUUACAGAGGCAGUCUUAACUGGUUGUUGUGCAUAUUAUGUGAAGAAAAUAAAUUCAUUGAAGCUUGCAAUGUUCAAACUUUGAAGUCAAGGAUAAGAGUAUUGUCAAAGAAAGCAUCUAAGGGACUCUUCAUUUAGUAUGCGUUACUGCCACCAAGAGACUAUUCAGCUUGAUUUGGGAUUUGUCUAGGAUUAUGAUGUUAUCCUUAUGGGACUGGAGAUUGCAAGUCGGGGAGGAGCAGAUAGAGAUGCUACAGGGGUUGAGAAGGGGGGAGUCGAAAAAUAUGGAGUUUGUGAUAGAGUAUGAGCAUGUACCCUCCUUGCUUGGGCCUUGGGCAGUGUGGAGGCUCUGUCCAAGUCAGAUUCAUUAGCCGGAGAAGGGAGAGGGAUUGGAUUGUGCGGAGCCGACCGAAGGCUACAGACUUGGACUUCUUCUGUGAUAAAAAAUAUGAGGAUCUAAAAAGGAAGGAAGAUGCCAUAAAAUGAGGUAGGUCUAUGUAUUAUCUGCUCACUCUUGCAUAGAAUCAGAUUGUUUUAGUUAAGCUCUCAUCUGUCCCAUAACAAUCUUACAUAUUCUAUGCUUUGUCUUUGAGCAGCUGGGACACAGAUGAGCUGUAUGUGGCAUUCAUGACAUUGUUACCAUGAUAUUGUGAUAGAGACCCGGACUUAUGGGCUUAUUAUGUUAGUAAAAUGUAAUAGUGGGCUGGGCCAAUUAAUUAGAUAGAUUGAGGGAAGCCCAUUAGAAAAAGAAUAAAUAAGGUGAGCUGGGAGUAGAAAAGUAGGUUGGAUUUGGCUAAUUGUGGGCUGGGACUUGGAGAGAGGCAUCUCUUAAAACUGCCAGACUGUUUCUCUCCCUUGUUUGUUAUACGACCUCCAUUUCACUAUUCAUCAUCCGAUUUCAUCUUUCUGUAGCUAGAUAUAAUCUGAGCAGGUGGAUUCCCUAUCAUAUUGCAAAUGAAUUUCCGAUCCAUCUACAGAGGUUGCAGUAUGUGGUAUUCAUGACAUUGUUGGGUAAAUCAACAAAGUGUAGUUUCAUUAUUUUUCUGUUUGCAUAGCAUAUGUGCAUUGUUCUUUUUUCUUUUUUGACAAGAAGAAAUGGAUGAAGAUUAAAAUAGCUUAUCUUACAAAAAACUCUGAUCUUACAAAAAAUCUUUUCUAAGAUAGUAUUCUCUAUAUAACUGUUUUACCCUGCCCACCCCUCAAGUUCUCCAAAACCCUCCAUCCAGAAUACAAACACAGUACUCUCCAGCGCAAAUUCAGAACAGCACCUUACAGAUUAACUAUACAUUGAUGACCAGACUGCUCCAUCAAAAUAUGUCCUCUGGGACUAUGCAAAACAGUGCACGAGUGGUCAGCUUCUGGGGAUAAAUGGUCGAUUAAAAGAACUAAGACAACACGGUCAUAAGCACAUUGUUCCAAUUUGCCUUCAAGAUUAUGAUUUAUCACUCUCCAUCUGAAUAUCUACGACUCUGUCCCAAAAGAGUUCUAUUUGGUCAAAAUAUAACUUUUAAUUUUGCCAAGGUACAACUGUGAAAAGUUAGUGUAGUCGGACGGAACUAGUUCAGUAACUUCCAUAAAAUGAAACAAGCCUCCUUCUGAGAAGAGUAAAUGAAACCUGAACUCAAAGCAAGCUCUUGUUAUUCCUUGAACCUCCUAAACUCAAACCAAAUCUCGUAAUGGUUGAAAAGUAAACUAUCAUGAGUGUCUUCCUAAGAUACUCAAGGCCAAUAUUACCUAACCUUCUUGUACAUUUGUCUCCUCUUAGUCUCGAACAGAACUUUAUAUUGUGGGACACAAAUAUACGAACUCCCAAAUGUACUAGCAAGUCUCUCUAACCCAACCCAAACAAGCUUGUCUGGAAUAUGCAGGAAUACAGCACUUACAUUGUUCCAGAUCCAGACUUACUAAAUGAGAGGACGCUUGGAUAAUAACCCUUGGGAUGGAAGCUCAUACCUCAAUGCAGCCAUUAAGGACAGCUCAUCUGUUUCCAUACAGUUGUACUUUUGGAUUUAAGUACUGGAUAAAAUGCAUCCCAACACGAAGGGUCCCACAUCCAAUCUCUAACACUUUGGAGUUUGGAGAUAGAUGGACAGAUUUUGCAAGAAAUUCGAACACAACUCUCCCUCCUGCCCUGGGCUCCCUGCCCAACAAUCUGGUUUCUUGCUAUCAUCUAUUUCAUAUCAGGUGUCCCUGGAGCCUAUGUCUUAUGGUAUCGUCCUCUAUAUUUGUGCAAUGAGGACUGUUGGUGCAAUGAAAAUCAGCUGAAUUUUUGAGUUUUAUAUGAUCAUUUACUUCGUUGGAUUUGGAUUCUUUUGUACUGAAUCAAUGAUGAGCAUAUUGGUCAUUCAGAUUCAUUUUUUAUGAAUGCAUGAUUUGAUCACUGCUAAGCCUCAUUGUGCGUUUUACAAAUGGUGAAAGCAGCAAGUGUACAUGUAUUUCUAGGGAAGUGGAAAAACUGCAGAGAUGAGGAGGGAAGCUGCUUGAUAUGCACUAAUUAGUAGUACAUAAGUGUAUGUUUUUAUGUUUGAUUUGUGUGGUUUGUUUAUCGUUUUAUUUAGUUUGUAAACAUUUGUGUGAUUUUAGUUGUAAUUGUAUUUUAAUCUUCAUUUGUAAGUUGUAUAAAGUAGAGUUAGGAAUUAGGGUGUUGAAAAGGAGGACUUUGAAGUGAAGAAAAAUAAGAUUUGGCUGCCCAGAAGCAAAAACCCGACCGGGUACAAUACUUCACCCGGUCGGGCAUGACAAAGAAUCAGAAACUGCUGAGAAAGUCACUAGACCCGGGUGGGUCACUUAUUUGACCCGGUCGGGUCAGAUGUGACCCGGAACACCAGAACAUGCCGAAGAUCGCCAGAACGUGGGAAAUAUUUGAUUUUGACGUUGACCCGGUCGGGUAUGUCCUUUUACCCGGGCGGGUCAAUGCCCCAGGGUAUUGAAAACACCUAUAAAUAACCCCAUUUUCCUUCACAAAGUAUAACUCCUUCUUCCAUACUCUUAAGCUCAGUUUAGAAUAGUAUUUCUUUUAUAUUUUUAUAGCAUGUUUAGUCUCCAAAUGAGGAGCUAAACUUCCAUUUCUUGGUGUUGCUCUUGAAGCUUGUUGAUUAUUAAAGUUGUGAGUUAUUUUCUUAUCUCCUUCCCUUGAAUAUUAAUUAUUCUCUUAAUCUAUCUAUAUAUUAAUGUUGGG